ACAAUUGCUGCUAGAGAAGGGAGAGCUGAAGAAUAUUAAGAAAUCGCUGCAUCCUUGCUCAGAAGCAUUCUGCAAUUCUGGGAAGACUUCAGGUAGCGGUGGCUCUACUGCUCUUAAGUCUUCAGUGCGCCAAAGCACCAGCAACAGGAGGGCUCUCCACUAAACAGGAGGAUUCUGUUCAGCACUAAAGCUUUUGUACCGAUCAAUACUUUAUUGCCUGCACUUUCAUGAUGAAGGCCAUGGAGGAUCAAGUAGUCCAAGAAGAACCAGGAUACCAGGAUGAUGAGGAAUACUUUUUUCAGGAUAUUGACCUGCUACAGAAGCAUGGAAUUAAUGUAGCAGAUAUUAAAAAACUGAAGUCCGUUGGGAUCUGCACGAUCAAAGGAAUCCAGAUGACCACAAGACGGGCACUGUGCAAUGUGAAAGGGCUUUCAGAAGCCAAAGUGGACAAGAUUAAAGAAGCCGCAAACAAGCUUAUUGAACCGGGCUUCCUAACCGCCUUUGAGUACAGCGAAAAACGGAAGAUGGUAUUUCACAUUACUACUGGCAGCCAGGAAUUUGAUAAACUUCUGGGUGGUGGGAUUGAAAGCAUGGCAAUCACUGAGGCUUUCGGAGAGUUCCGGACAGGCAAAACCCAACUCUCUCACACCCUUUGUGUGACUGCUCAGCUUCCAGGACCAAAUGGCUAUACGGGUGGAAAGAUUAUCUUCAUAGAUACUGAAAACACUUUCCGACCAGACCGUCUUCGUGACAUUGCUGAUCGCUUCAGUGUUGACCACGACGCAGUACUUGACAACGUGCUGUAUGCACGUGCAUAUACCAGUGAACAUCAGAUGGAAUUGCUGGACUACGUAGCAGCCAAGUUCCAUGAGGAAGCCGGUAUAUUCAAGCUAUUGAUCAUUGACUCCAUAAUGGCACUUUUCCGUGUGGAUUUCAGUGGUCGUGGAGAGUUGGCUGAACGACAACAAAAACUGGCUCAGAUGCUGUCAAGGCUCCAAAAAAUAUCAGAAGAAUAUAAUGUGGCUGUGUUUGUGACCAACCAGAUGACUGCUGAUCCAGGAGCAACUAUGACCUUUCAGGCAGACCCAAAGAAGCCCAUUGGGGGGCACAUCCUUGCUCAUGCUUCGACUACCAGAAUUUGUUUGAGGAAAGGGAGAGGGGAGCUGCGAAUUGCCAAGAUAUAUGACAGCCCUGAGAUGCCUGAAAACGAAGCCACGUUUGCAAUAACUACUGGAGGGAUUGGGGACGCCAAAGAAUAGGCAGAAAACCGAUAUGAAUGUACAGCUGAAAAGCACCUGGGCAGCUGGGAUGAAGAUUUGUGCAAGGCCACUGACUGCCCUGGCUGCAUUUUUAUUUUUUGGGAACCAUUUGAGAUAUUUUUGAGGACAGUAGCAUGUACUCUCUGCAGUUCAGUUUUAUUGAUCUCAAUAGAAUUCAGUUCAUUUAGGAUCUGUGUUUUUCAAUGGAACUUUCAGCAAGCAGAGAUUUAAGAAAGAAGCUUGUGAAUUGUUCAAAGAAUCCUUCUCUGAUACUUUGUGAAAAUGAAAGCUGUUCUUUCACGUGAGAUUACUCUUUUUUUAGUUUCUUGUCUAACUGGUAGAAUUUAAUAGUGCAAAAUGGAACAGAAUUGGAACAAACUUGGUUAUAAAAGUGAAAUAAAUAGAUGGAAAAGGCAGUGGCAGGAGCAGCAGCCUGAGAGCUUAAUGGACUCUCAGGGAGCAUAGAGGAAGAAGUUACCUUGAAAAUAUGUUUUUAGGCAUUUUUACCUUG